AUGAAAUUGCUGAUAAAGCCGAUUUGGCAGUGUAUAAUGAAGAAGGAAGAAAUAGUGGAGCUUGAAAGAGAAGGGCUUUUGGGGUGUUUGACUAAAGAGGAAAAGGUGAAAGUUAGAAUGGAAGUAAACAAAAAAUUAAAUGGUUUGUGUGACAUGGAAGAAGGUGAGAUAAGGGAUGUUGAUGGAGAGAGAAUGCUUGGUCAAAAUGAUAGCUAUGUUGAAGUAUCCGAGGAUGAAGAGGGGGAGAAAGAAGAAGAUGAGUACAAGAUGGUUAAGUGA